AUGGCGGCCGACGAAACCCAAGACACGAAACGCGAAGCUAGUUCUCCCUCUGCUGAAAAGCAUGAAGAAGAGCCGUUCAGCAUCUACACCGGGCGCGAGAAAUGGCUCAUAGUGUCCUUGGUGGCAUCUGGCACGCUAUUCAGGCCCCAUUCCAGCCCUCUUUCAGCCAAUCUAUACUUCCCCGCCAUCCUGACCAUUGCUGUUGCGUUCCACAAGUCUACGGAGCUCAUAAACUCGACCGUUACGCUGAACAUGGUCUUUCAAGGCAUCUCACCCAUGUUUUGGGGCCCACUCGCUGACACAUAUGGGCGUCGUCUCAUGUUCAUAAGCUGCCUCGUGGUCCUCGCACUCUCUUGUGUCGGCCUGGCGAUGACACCGACUUCCGACUAUUGGGUGCUCCUCUUCUUGCGGUGUUUCCAGGCCGCAGGGUCCGCCAGCACCGUGGCAAUCGGUGCUGGCGUCAUAACGGACAUCUCUACGAGAGCAGAGCGCGGUGGUUUCUAUGGUGUUUACUCCCUUGGACCUUUGAUGGGACCAGCAGUUUGGCCGGUGAUUGGAGGCGCUCUUUCGGAUAAACUCGGAUGGAGGGCUAUAUUCUGGUUUUUGUGCAUUGCAGCAGGCGUCUGUGCCAUGGUUCUAGCCCUGUAUGACAUCACCUUUCGACCCAACUUGAACUUCAAGUCUGAACAAACACGCAGAUUCCUUCCCGAGACUUUAAUGGCCGUUGUGGGCAACGGAAGCGUCCCCGGUAAUCGCCUACUGCACACCCCAAUUAUUGGCCUGGGCCGUCGAAACCCGGCUUCUCACGCACUGGCAGCUCACACGCAACCGGGGCCGCGAGGGUACCAAAACCCACUCCCUCUCUUUCUCGAGCCCGAUAUUGACCUAAUCCUUUUCGUCACCGCUGUCGUGUAUGCUGUUUUCCAUGCCGUGCUUGCAAGCAUUUCGAGUGUCUUCCACGAAACCUCCCCGCUCCGCAACCAGACCAAACUCGGACUGUGCUUCCUCGGUAUGUCCGUUUCCUCCCUCGCUUCAAGUUCUGGGGCUUAUGCGUUGUGGAGCCCUUGGAUUGGGCAUGGCCGCUGGCUCGGGGAUUGCGGGGGAGGCUGCUUGACCGGGAUUAUCGGCGUGUGCGGCGACAGACGUCGAUUCGAGGGUGGAUGCGGACUUGCCGAUAGAGAAGGUCAACACUUCGUCCUGUCAACAACCGGUCCUCAUUAUGCCUCAGGCCCGACUCCGUCUACUCGAGUCGGAGGGCGGAAUCGAAGCUGA